GCCGCCGCCACCGUCGUCCCGCAACGAAUCCGCCGCCCCUGCUUCUCUGGACUCAGCCGCGCUGCUUCCCCGACCUCCGCCGCCUCUCCUUCCCCUUCCUUGACCCGGACCUCCGCUAUCCAGGGCCCUGCGGCUCCGACCUCGCCUCGAGCCGGAGCUUGGCCGUCCUCUGACCGCCCUGUUCCCCGACCUCCGUUGGCCUACUGCAGUAGUUCGAGUUUCAAAUGGGAAACUACCUAAUGAGUGAAAGUGCAACAUUGGACCAUUGCCAUACUAAAGUAGUCCAGCAGAACAGAAGACCGAAAGUUAAACUUGAAGACCUACCGGAGGAUCUGCUUGGCAUAAUUUUGUCAAAAUUGUCUCCAAAUGAUGUUAUAAAAACUAGUGUUUUGUCAAGUAAGUGGAGAUAUAUGUGGGCUACCUGUCGAAGGCUAAGUUUCAAUGGUGUUGCUGCAUGUGAGCCAAAUAGGUCUUAUCCACAAAGAUAUGUCCAGAAUUUCAUCCGUAACGUUAAUGUAGUUCUACAAAAGUAUCAUGGCAUGUUUGUUGAAGAUCUUGAAGUGAAAUUUGCAUUUGACACAACGCUGGUUGACCAUCUCAAUGAUUGGGUUAGUUUUGCUGUUUCGUCACAGGCGAAGAAUCUAGCUUUUGACUUAGCACCUGUCAGAUCUGGGGGACGUGCUGAUCGAUACACAUUUCCGUUUCAACUUUUGGACUGUCAAAGUAUAUCCCGUCUGCAGUGUAUUCAGCUUAGUUUUGUAUCUUUGAAACUACCUUUCCAGUUCAGAGGUUUUCCUAGCCUAAGAAAACUUGAUCUGAACUUGCUGCAUGUCACUAAAAAGGAUCUUGAAAAUAUGUUGUCAAAUUGUGACAGUCUUGAGUGGUUGAGCAUUGUCAAAUGUCAUUUGAAUGACGAGCUUAGGGUAGAACACCCAUUGAACCAUCUGUUAUACUUGCGAGUUGUUAACUGUGCUAUAACCAAGGUAGAGUUCAAUGCUGCAAGGCUCUCCACCUUUGUGUACAAAGGUGAGUUUGUUCCUGUUAUCUUCACUCAAAGUUUGCAGAUGGAAAAUGCAAACAUUUUGUUCUUCAGGGCAGUUUUUCAGCAUGCUUUUGCUGCACUUAUCAAUGAGAUCCCGAGCAUUCAAAAUCUGACUCUGCAUGUCUUAUUUCAGCAACUAGAGACGCGGUGGGAUUUUUGUAACCUACAGAAAAUUUCUCAGCUCAGGAAUAUUCAGUUUUUGACGCAUAUAUUUAAGGAAGAUGUUGACAAGAUACUCUACUUAGUCUCCUCCUUGAGGGCAGCUCCCUUCAUUGAGAAGUUGGACGUUCAUUUUGGUGGCUGUAAGGACUUGUGGUUUGCAAACAAGGGACCUGAUAGGCAGCACCUUCCACAUCCACACUUUGAAUACAGUUAUCUGAAAGAUAUGCAUAUUACAGGAUAUAAAGGAGCAAGAGGCCAGCUGCAAUUUCUUCUUCAUAUUGUGGAACAUGCUCCUGCGUUGCAGUCUUUAACUGUCAGUACAACUCAAUUGCUCCCUGAGGAAUAUUUUGUUGACACAGUUGAUAGAUCAUUUUUUGGUCGUGCUGCUUGGCAUGCAAGGUACCAUCUCAGUCAGAAACUUUCACCAACGGUCAAGCUUUGUGUUACUUAAGAGUACUGGUGGAUAUAGCUGUGUAAGCGAUAACAUCCGCCUCAUAUGAUUGGGGUCGUAUAAUCUAAGCCUUGGCAAAAAUUGCUAAUUAAUUGUUGUUGGUCGGGAGAUUAUGUAAUAACUGUUUGUUAAUAAGACUAGUACAAAAGCCCGUGCGCUGCUACGAUGCCACAUUAGAAAAUCAAGAACCUCAUAUUCUAUCUUCUUUUA